CCUGAACGCGGAUAACGGGGCUGAGAAAUGGCCUAGAAAUAAACACUAUAAUAACACCUGCGGCUCUUUAGCGUCGGCGGAACAGGAACCCCCUCUCCGUCUCGUAAAGGCUCCGUGUGUCGGCAGGAGAAAGGAUAACCAAAUGUCAACUUGUGCAGUGACAAACUUCAACAAUGGCUUGGAGGCCAGUUCAGACUCCGAUGAUGAGGACAAGCUCCACAUUGUAGAGGAUGAUAGUUUGCAGGAGCCUGACAUCUCCAACGCUGAGGGGACCACGCCGCUGGACAGCCAUGAUGCCGCCAUAACAGUAUUACCCCACAACGGCUCCUGGAAUGGAGUGAAGGAAGAAUGUGUGUCGGAAGAAGAAGAAGAAGAGGAGGAUGUUAAGGAUCCUCUCGUGGAAGAGAUUCUCCAGCAGGGCGACACAGCCGUCAUCUAUCCUGAAGCCCCUGAGGACGAGCACAGUCCGGCAGAAACAGGAGGCGUAGAUGAAAAUGGCACACCGGACAGCUUCUCCCAGCUGCACACUUGCCCAUACUGCUCCCGGGGCUACAAGCGCAACGCCUCGCUGAAGGAACACAUUAAGUAUCGUCACGAGACCAGCGACGACAACUACAGCUGCUCGCACUGCAGCUACACCUUCACCUACCGCUCGCAGCUGGAGCGGCACAUGAGCCACCACCGGCACACCAAGGAGCAGUAUCACAGUUGCCGGCCGACGGGAGGAUCAGCAGGAACAGGUGGAACCCGCAAGUUCAAGUGUACUGAAUGUUUCAAGGCCUUUAAAUACAAACACCACCUGAAGGAGCACCUGCGCAUUCACAGCGGAGAGAAACCAUAUGAGUGCUCCAACUGCAAGAAGCGCUUCUCCCAUUCGGGCUCCUACAGCUCCCACAUCAGUAGCAAGAAGUGUGUGGGUGCAGCGCCGCCCAACGGGGUCACCCGAGCAGCCAUCAUGAAGUCCCCCUCCCCGACCGCGCAGGCCAGACCCGUAGCAAUCGCUCCGGCCCAGAUGCUCCUGAAAGAGAAGACGGAGAGCAAACCGCUGCAGGAGCAGCUGCCCGUCACCCAGAUCAAAGCCGAGCCCGUGGAGUACGAGUGCAAGCCCACGAUGGCGGCGGCGCCGACCUCGACCAGUAGUAACGGCGUUGUGAACGGAGGCUCGGCGCCGCCGGCGCCGGCCCCGGCCGCGGCGCUGCCUCAGGGCGUGGCCAUGGUGGUGCCGACCGUGGGCCUCAUGUCGCCCGUCAGCGUCAACCUCAACGACCUGCAGCGGGUGCUGAAGGUGGCCAUGGACGGGAACGUGCUCCGCCAGGUGCUGGGCUCGGCCAACGGGCUGGUGACGCAGGGGAAGCAGGGAAUCGUAGUCCAGCAGCCGCAGCAGCAAAUUAUCAGUCUUCCUGCCUUCGUGGACCACGACGGCACCACGAAGAUCAUCAUCAACUACAGCAUCAGCCCCGCGGCCGGCGGCGCCGCCCAGCCCACGCCGCUCCUCAUCAAGAAUAACCUCCCCGCCCCCACGCUUGUGACGGCAGCCGUCGCCCCCCCGCCCUCAGCCAAGACAGGAAAGCCGGAGACGGCGGAGGCUGCCGACCUCAGCUUGGCGAAGACGGAGGUGGAAUCAGAGCCCGUCAAAGACGAGGAGACCAAGGCGACGGGGGAGAAAGCACUGGCGUCUGUGGAAGCGUCAAAAAAAGCUCCCAUGCCAAAAUCCUGCAGCACUAAUACAUGUUUACUAUGCGAUGACUGUCCCGAUAACCUAGAGGCUUUGCAUCUGCUUCAACACCGCAAAGCAGCCAACGGCGAGGCGGUGGACUCGGCGGCUCUGGAUCCGUCCUUCGCCGCUCUGCUGAACGAGGCCGGAGUGACGCUGGAGGAGCCGCCCGUGGACGACGUCCUCUCGCUCCUCAAAACGUACUUUACCUCCAACGCCAGCCCCGGCGAGGAGGAGAUGGCCAAGAUCGCCGAGUCCGUCAGUAUUCCAGUGGACGUGGUCAAAAAGUGGUUUGGCAAAAUGAACUCUGGGAAGAACGUAGAUAAGUGCCACAGCGAGGCUCCAGCGGCUUCGGAAAAGACUGAAACCACAAAGUCCGGCUCGGAGGACACGUUGACUCUGAAGGAGGAGGAGGGCGGCACCACGCAGGUGGAAUCAGGCCGGGUCCCCUCGGACUCCGGCAGGACCUCCCCGGCAGACUCUACCUCCGCCGGCCUCAACGACGGGGAUCUGGUCAUCGUGAAGAGUGAACCCGAGGACCCGGAGGCCCCCGACUCCCAGGCAGAACCCCUGGACCUCUCUCUGCCCAAACACGCCGGGGACGAGCAGAACCAGAUGACGGCGCCGCCGCCCAAGCAGCAGGAGCAGCCCCUGAACCUGUCCUGCCUGAGGAAGGAGCAGCUCGAGGGUCAGACCAUCUACGUGACGGCGCCGCAGACCGGAAGACCCGUCAACAUCGUCACGGCCGCGCAGCUGCCCACCCUGGUGGCCAUCGCCAGCCAGGGCACCGUGGGCUGCAUCAGCGCCAUCAACACCACCACCAAACGCACCAUCCUCAUCCCCCAGCUCACCUACACCUACUCCACUACAGCCGGAAACAACACUGGAGCCAAGACCGUCGUACUCAACGGUCACAAGGAGAAGCGCCCGGAGAGCAGUCCUGACGCCGUUUCCUCCCUGGAGGAGCAGUACGACGCCAAGAAGCGGCGGAUGGAAAACGGCGUGUACCCCUGUGAUCUGUGCUCCAAGGUCUUCCAGAAGGGCAGCUCGCUGCUCCGGCACAAAUACGAACACACAGGUAAACGUCCCCACGAAUGCAGCAUCUGCAAUAAGGCUUUCAAGCAUAAACACCACCUGAUCGAACACGCGAGGCUGCACUCCGGGGAGAAACCCUACCAGUGUGACAAGUGCGGGAAGCGCUUCUCUCACUCAGGCUCGUACUCUCAGCACAUGAACCACCGCUACUCCUACUGCAAGAAGGACGGGUUGAUCCCGGGCUCGCCCAUGGGAGCGCCCGUCAUGCACGUGGAGAGGAACCCGCCCUCCCAAAUGGACUCGAGCGAGGGGGAGGGGGAGGGGGAGGAGUACGAGGACGACGAGGCCAUCUCCAUGGACGACAUCCGGGUGGUGCAGGUGGACGACGGCGAGUGCGAGAUCUACGAGGGGAACUUUGACGACUACGAGGAGGAGGAAGCACUUUUGGCAGACGACGAUCCGGGGGUCACUGAAGAGCGGGAAAUAGCGAGGGCGGCCCAGGAAUUUGCCUGUGACGUGGUGGAAGUGGAGCUCAGCGGAGAACAACCGCAGGGCGACUCGUCUGUGGAAAAAAAAGCCGAAAAGGCGGAAUCGGCAAGUGUGGCUGCAGAGAGUAAGGCAGACUGUGAAGCAGAUAAAAACGAGAGCGUCAGGGAGGGUUCAGGCGGCACGGAACCAUCAGAGGAAAAGAUGACAAACAUUUGAAGGAAAACAUUUUCUUCAGGACAGUUCAGAUGAUUUGCUCAUCAAAGUUACUUUAGACUCGCAAGUCUCGGAAGUUGCCUGAAUUUAACGGUCCACUACUGUGUACAAAAACCCAGGUGUGCCUGAACUUCAAAAAGAAAAACAAGACAGUGACUUUUUUAUUUGUGGAAAUGAAAUAUUAGUGUUUAAAGCUGUUUAUAGAAGUACAGAUUUUGAAGUAGAACCCACCCAUCAACUUGUUAGACUUGUUACUGAGACAUCCCAAGUGGUUUGGUUUCUUUUUCAUUCAACCAGUCAGUGUUACUAAUCUUGUUAUUGUUUGAAAACAUUUUAACUUGUAAAGAUGAGAAAGAUUUCUAUACCUUUUUAUUGCCAAUGAAGUUUCCUAAAUCAGUAUUUUAUUGAGUUCUACGAACAAAAACCUCUGCACUACAGUAUUCCUGGUUUACCUAUGGAUACAUGCCUCAUGCAUCGUAUGCCCUUCAGUGUUAUAUAUGUACACGAGCUAGCGGGAUAUCGUUUGUGUUAGUGUUAGCUCUCGCUAGCUAGGAUUACUUUUAUUUUUUGGUUUAACUGUUAGCCUUAAGGAAAACAACGUAUUCCUGGGGGGGUUGUGGGUGGGAACGGGAGUCUGGGAUGAGAGUGCGGCUUCUGUACGCCAUUAACCAAAAUUUGUCCUAUCAGGGAAGGUAGAGUCACAACCUCAAAGCCAGCAUCAGGCGCCUUUGUUUUGCAAUCCAACCCAGCUUGGCGGGGUGGAGUCUCCAGUGCAGACCCCCCCCCCCCUGCAGGCUCAGCUUUGGCUCCAAAACACACGCGCUUAAUCGUACCAAGCUUCUCCUUGUUUCGGUUGAUUUUCGUUUUCAGUCAGUGUUUCAGUAUUAUUAGCUUGUAAUUUGAAGUCAUACUGUAUAUGAAGGAUCGGAGCGGUUUCCUGCUCCACCCCAAUGCCUCCAGCCUUAUGCAAGACCUGUGUGCUGUUAAAAGUGCCAUUGAACAGUGUUAUUUCUUCUUCUUCACACAUGUAGCCAGUAUUAUGUCCCUCUUUUACUUCCACGGGACCCGUGUUGACUAACGUUUGUUAACUUGCACAGAACAGCAAAUUUGUCACGACUAAAAGAUACGUUGUCUGAAAACCAACAAAAUCUGAAGCCUUUAAAAAAGAUCUGGAUGACACACAACUGUAUUUAUGGUGUAUUGAAGAGAGUAUUCUCUGAGCUGAUCAGAUGUUUGUUUUUUUCUCCGUAAAAAAAAGGUUCCAAUUAUUUGCCAGAACUCUGAACUCAGAAGCUUUCGUGUGUUUGUUAUAUCUACCAGAUGGUCUAAAACUCAAAACAUCCUGUUUACAAAGAUAUAAAAUGGACAAAACACAGACAAUGUCACCGAGGAACACCUUGAAACGGAGAUAGUUUGGCUUUUUUUUUACUUGAAAAUAAUGAAGUCAUUCAGUCACGACAUUUACUUAUAAAUGCAUCCUUCAAAUUCAGUUACAUCUUCAAAGUAAAUGAAGUGUUUAACCCUUUCUGACCAGAUGCAGCAUUUGUGUGCGUUCAGCGUUGAAGCCCGAUGCAACAUUUCAUGUUGUUAAAUUCGAGACUUUUAGAGACAAUAAUUUACAUCAAAACUUAAAGUUUAACUUGUCAUAUAGUGUUUAUUUUGUAAAAAAAAAAAAAAAAAACCUUUUUAAGAAAGGAUUUUUUCAUGAAAAAAUAAAUAAAAAAAUACAAACUGACAGACUUAUCAAUGCUUAUUGAGAUUUUUAUUUUUGAACAGUAUAAAAACCAUAUUAAAGUUUAAACAUUGCCAUUUUAUUGUGAAAUAAAGCAUUUAUAUUCUUUUAACAGAUUUGUAUCUUUCCAUGUCCUCUCUGUCCUCCUGCCUCCAUCCAUGAGUCAAACUCAGCAAGGCACAUUGAAAGGAGGUUUAAGUUCCUCAAACGCAGCACGGAGGCUUGUCGGCGGGCUAUAUUUGGGUAAACACCAGUGUUUCCUUGGUAGACGUAUAUUAAGCAUCUGUGACAUCUAAAUCGGAUGCAUCUAUCUUCUGGAGUGGAGGAUGUACAAAUUGAGAUAUAAAUCAGGGCUUAAAUGAGAAGCACACAAAUGUCAGUUUCUUCGCUGUUAUUUUGCAACCGGUUUGAAUGAGUUAAAAAGAAAAUAGAGCUUUUUUUUUCUUCCCUUAAAUGUUUGUAUUUGCUGCUGAUAAAUAGUUUACGUUUAUGGUCCAGUAAGUCAAUAACAGCCAGUGUUUAUAACGCUGUUUUCAAAGUCAACGGCGUUGAAUCACAGAAAUAAGCUCAAGCUGUUGAAAAUCUUGGAGAGGAUCACUCGAGAAUUGAGUUUUCAUGUGGAUACAAACGACCUCAUAAAACGUCAUAUGUCAAAGUUGUUAACGUGUUUACAUCCCUGAGCACACAGGAAGUGUUUCAACUCUUAAAGUGUCCCGUCAGGUUUGGUCAGGAAGAGAUAAAAGCUCUGAGUUUUAGUGGGAAAAACUAAAAAAAUGAUUUUCGGCCCCAGUCAGUCGGCUUAAAUAGAAAAAAAAUCUGAAAUUGUGACAAGCUGUCCCGCACUUCAGGUAACAAACGUUAGUGAAUGUGGUCUCUGGAGACAUUUGAGUUGAUUUUACCAAACAGUGUUUAUAGUAUUAUUCUGUUUUAUUGUUUUCAUGUGUGUCCUUGGUAUGUUUUUGUCAACAAUGGCAGUAUUAGUAACCUUUUCACCGAUUUAAAAAAAGAAAGGAAAAAAAAGAUUAUUCCUGUUUAGUUUUUAGGAGACUUUUUAUAUUUAUGUGUCUUAUUUUUAUAUUUUCUUUUAUGGUUAUUUAUUACACAUUGUAGUGUACAUUACUGUAGUUUGAAUUGAUACAAUAAUAUAUUUUAGUAUGAAAAAUAAUCUUGAGACAAACAAAAUCCCAAAUUGUGGUUCUGGGAGCUGAUGUUUGUUUUAACAAAACCACAAAAAAAAGAAGAAGAAAAAAGAAAGACAAAAGAAAAAAAACAUGUAUUCUGUAAACUUCUGUUUUAAGCUACAAAAAAAGAUAAAAGACAGGAAUGAAGUGAGAAAUAGAAACUGUUACAUGUGCAUCCGCUCUUUUCGUCGUUAUAAAGCUACUGAAUUCUGAAACUCUGUGACUUUAAAAGCAUGAGUCGUGACCGUUUUAAUGAAGGAUCUUAUUAUGAAGUCGUUGCUCCUCUCUUUUAUUUUGAAGCCAAAUUUGCAUCGUCCUGCCGCCCUGUCUUCUGUUUUGUGCCAACUUGUUCCAUUGUACUGUUGAAGGCUGCAUAAUGUUUGUCUAUACACGCCCUUUGUAAAUCCACUGUCUUUUUGUAUUGUUUUUAUUUUAGGUUUGCUCCAUUUUUAUGACUCCCUAUCACAAUAAAAUGUAAGACAGUA